GCGUCCCUUCGCCUUUGUAACUGAUUCGAAAUGUAAAAUAAUGUUGAAUUAAAGUUUUAUAUUAAUUUUAAAGCAUUCUUGUGUUGUUAAUAGCCUAAAGUAGUGCAAGUUUGAUACAUUGAAUAGAAAGAAUUAGAAAUGAGCAGAAGACGAAGAGCUAGUUCGGCAGCAAGUCGUGGACAAGAGGAAGAUUAUUUUGAAGAAUCUACACCUGAGCCUUCACCGGCUCCGUCAUCGUCCAGAAAAAGGAGGAAGCUUGAUCCCAGUGAGCUCUGUCAGCAAUUGUAUGAUUCAAUACGCAAUCAUAAAAAAGAUGAUGGUACCCCAUUAUGUGAUGCAUUUAUCAGAGCACCAAAGAGACGCCAAGAGCCUGGAUAUUAUGAAGUCGUUAGUAAUCCUAUUGAUUUGCUCAAGGUGCAGCAAAAACUAAAAACUGAUUCUUAUGAAGAUGUAGAUGAACUAGCCAGUGAUUUUGAAUUGCUAGUUAACAAUGCUCGAGCAUUUUAUCCUGCAGAUAGUGAAGAGCACAAAGAUGCAAAUGCCUUAUGGGAAUUGUUUCAAAAUCAAAAAUCAAAAAUUCUAGAUGUGGACGACAAAAUGAAAACAGUUUUACGUGUUGGAAGACAAGCUCGUAAGUCAGCAGUUGAUACAGACGAUGCAUCUGAGACUUCCACAGGGCCAGAAGAUGAUUAUAGUCAAUAUGAAGAUUUAUUUACUGCUGUAAUGACUGCCACAGAUCCAGAAAAUAACAGCAGGCUGCUUCAUACUAUUUUUCAAAUAUUGCCCUCAAAAAAGAGGUAUCCUGAAUAUUAUGAGGUUAUAGAAAGUCCAAUUGAUUUACGUAUGAUUGCAACUAAGAUUCAAAAUAACUCAUACACAAGUCUUAAUGAUAUGGAAAAAGACUUGUUAAUGAUGACUAAAAAUGCUUGUUUGUUUAAUGAACCAGGAAGUCAAGUAUACAAAGAUGCAAAAGCGUUAAAAAAGGUUAUUACCAGCAAAAAAAUUGAAGUAGAACAUAAUAAACCAGCACUCACAAAUAAAUCAAGUGAACGUAUUCGGAAUAAAAGGUUUCGCAGUUCACAAUCUUUGUCCGCAAUUACUGCAGCUCUCACAGAAGAAGAUUUAGAUAGUGAUGAAGAAGAAGAUACUUCCGGUCACACUGAUGGCGGAGAUACCCCUCAAUGGCAAAUCUUUGAUAUGCUGAGAAAUGCUGUCAACACAACAGGUAUUCCUUUAGCAGAAGCAUUUUGGAAGCUUCCAUCUCGUAAAUAUUAUCCUGAUUAUUACAAGCAAAUAAAAACACCAAUUUCAUUAAAUCAAAUACAUGCCAGGUUAAGACGUGGAGAAUAUGCCACGGUAUCUAAGAUGUGUGCAGAUUUGAAUUUAAUGUUUGAGAAUGCUAAAAAGUAUAAUGUUCACACAUCAAAAAUUUACAAAGAUGCUUCUAAGAUGCAAAAGAUGGUAUCCGCAAAGCGUGUAGAACUAAAUGAAGCUGAGGAUUCUGAAAGUGAUUGUGACUCGACUGAUUCUAAAAGUUUAGCAUCUGUGAAGAAACAGCGUACUAAAGUUCGAACACCAAUUGCCCAAACAACCAAUUUAGUACCCCCUGUUGUCACAACCCCAGUUACUGGAAGAAGAUAUAGAGAUAAUCCACUGUUGAAAAAGAAACUACUUGCUCUUCAGAAAUGUCUUGUAGAAUAUAGUGGUGAUGAUGGAAGACAACCAAUGACUGUGUUCAUGGAGAAGCCUUCUAAAAAAUUGUAUCCUGACUAUUAUCAAAUAAUACAACAGCCAAUUGAUAUGCAAACAAUUGACAAUAAUAUUAAGUGUGAAAAGUAUGCAACUGUAGAUGACAUGGUUGGAGAUCUACGAAUGAUGUUUAACAAUUGCCGAAGAUAUAAUGAAGAGGGAUCUGUUAUAUAUGAAGAUGCUAAUACUUUAGAAAAAGUAUUGAAUGAAAAAUUAAAAGAAUUAAGUCAACCAGAAAAAAAUGAAAAGCGCACUCCAAAUAAAGCAGGUAGGCCACGCACAAAGCCGCUGAAUCCAACAGACUCAAAAUUAAGAACAUUAUAUGAUUCUAUCAGGGAUUAUCGUGAACCAAAGGCAAAUAGGCAACUAGCACUCGUUUUCAUGAAACUGCCAUCAAAAAGUGAUUACCCUGAUUACUAUGAUAUAAUUAAAAAUCCAAUUGAUAUGGAAAAAAUAGCUCAGAAGCUGAAAAAUGUAUCAUAUGAAAAUGUUGAUGAAUUAGCUGCUGAUUUCUUGUUAAUGUUUGAUAACGCUUGCAAAUAUAAUGAACCUGAUUCUCAAAUUUAUAAAGAUGCCCUUGAAUUGCAAAGAAUAUGCCUUCAAACAAAACAUACACUUAGUGAGGAACCUCAAUCUGUUCCUGAUGUUGUACAGGCUGUGCAAGCAAUACUACUGACAUUAUUUACUUCCACUUAUACAUAUCAGGAUGAAGAAGGAAGAUGCUAUUCUGAUUCAUUAGCAGAAUUACCAGAAUAUGAUGAAGUUGAUGGCCAAAAGGUUCGAGGUAUAUCACUGGACCUGAUAAAAAGGCGUCUGGACCGAGGUCUUUAUCGACGAUUAGAUAUAUUCCAGGAAGACGUUUUUUCAUGUUUUGAAAGGGCUCGAAAAUUAUCUCGUACUGACAGUCAAGCUUUUGAGGAUUCAGUAGAAAUGCAAAGUUUUUUCAUCAGACAACGUGAUGAUCUUUGUAAAAACGGGGCAAUAUUGAGUUCACCUGCUUUACAAUAUACCUUGCAACAUUUAAAUGCAGCAGUUGAAAACAUCCGCGGCGAGAUUUCAGCCCAAGAAGAAUCCCUGGGAAGUAGUGAACUCGAUGAGAGUGAUGCUAGUGCAGCUGUUGCUAUUUCCAAAGGAGAAAGCAUGACAUGCAAUCAAAAAGUAUACAGGGUUGGUGAAUUUGUCUAUGUUGAUUCAGAGGAGAAAGGUGUCGACCACAAAGUGAUUUUUAUAGAACGUUUGUGGACCAAUUCAGAAGGACAACAAAUGUUAUAUGGUAAUUGUUUCUUCAGACCCCAUGAAACCUAUCAUGUUACAACGCGGAGAUUUUUGGAACAAGAACUUUUCAAGUCUGAUGUUCACAUGGCAGUUCCCUUAUCGCAGCUUCAAGGCAAAUGUUAUGUAAUGAGUGUUAAGGAAUAUUUCAAAAACAAACCUGAAGGAUUUGCUGAUAAAGAUGUAUAUGUUUGCGAAUGUCGAUAUUCAACUAAGUUACGCGCCUUUAAAAAAAUAAAAAUUUGGCCAUGUCAAAACGAUUCUAUAAAUAUAGUGCCAAGAGAAAGUCCUUUGGAACCGCGACGAGUGAUGUCAAUUUUCAAAGAGAGAGUUGAAAAGCAUAAGGGUGAAUUAGCUGAAUUGCAAUUACAAGAAAAACUUAUAGAAAAGGAGAAACCUAAUGUGAUUGCUAUAAAUGUUGUUGGUGAAGAAGGAAAUACUUACUAUGAACAAUAUAACACAAUAUGUAGUGGUGUAGUAAAGACAGGUGACUUUGUUUAUGUUGCUGGUGAUGGUGGACGACAACUUAUUGCGCAAAUACAUGCUAUUUGGGAAACAAAAGAUGGCAAGUGUUAUUUUCGUGGACCCUGGUUAGUACCGCCUCCUGAGGUUCCACAUGCGCAAUCUCGAUUAUUCUACCCACAAGAAGUAUUUCUAUCUACACUGCAUGAUUGCAGUCCACUAGUCGGAAUAGUAGGACGUUGUGCAGUUAUGGAACUAAAAGAUUAUGUGACCAGCAGGCUAACUGAAAUACCCGAGUCAGAUGUAUAUGUUGUUGAAAGUGUGUAUGAUGAAGUAAAGAGGCAAAUUCGUAAACUUGCUGUGCCGGGAUUGAGAAAAUUUAUUCAUAGCAAUGCUGUUACUCCAGAUGAAAUUUACUUCUUCCCUAAAACUAUUUGUCCACCAAAGAUUGGAGCAACUGAAAUUGCUGCACUUCAUGCUGAUAUUAUCAAAGCUCAGCCUUCUGCAAAUGUGGAUAUGCAUUGUGUCUCUGCUAUUCCAAGUAGGCUAGGUGAUGCAGAUUUGAUGCAAGAUGAUUCUCUAGACGCUCCUGCUUCAGUCGCUUCUGGUGAUCCACCUACACCGUGUGCUACACCAGUACCAAUGCAACCUACACCGGCUUCUAGUAAGAAGGGCAAGAGUGGAAAGAAGCUUGUCACUGGAUAUAUAUUAUAUUCUAGUGAAGUGCGCAAAUCGAUUGUUUCUGCUAACCCAGAUAGUACUUUUGGUGAAAUUUCUCGAAUAGUUGGCAAUGAAUGGAGAUCGUUGCCUACACCAGAGAAACAAGCCUGGGAAGAAAAGGCCGAUCGUUGUAACAAAGAAACUGCUGCAAGAUUGGCUGCAGAAAGUGAAAAUUGUCCUAGUCCUGGAUUAUCUGGGCAACCAGAAAAUGCUAGAACCAAUGUAUUUGAAUGCUGUUGGGAUAAGUGUGAUUUCCAAUUUGAGGAUUUAAGUGAUUGUUCUGAGCAUUGCUUAGGUGACGGUACUGGACAUGUUACUUUGCACUUUGCUGGCUUACCAGCAGGUGAAGCAGAAUAUCAUUGCCAAUGGCGUAAUUGCAUCAGAGUAAAAAAGCAAGCUCCUCCGUUUCCACAUUUGCAACGAUUGCAAAGACACGUCCGCGAGGUGCAUAUUAACAAAGGAAAUGGACGUUUACUUGCACCACAUGACCGCAGCAAAAACUAUGUGCCUUCUCGUCGUGUAGUGGCAGUCCAACAACAAUUGGCCGUAGCGCCGGCUAUUGUACCGCCGUUCAAUGCAGGGGGCAAGCCAAGUCCUACAAUACCAGUACAAGCAACCGUGCAGCAUAAACAGUUGGAACCACUUUUUGUCAGCGUACCUCCGAGACCGCAACGAGUUUUACAUUCUGAUGCGUACAUUAGAUAUAUUGAGGGACUUCAGGCUGAUAACCGUAAUGUUAGCAAUUGGGAGAAAACGCUAAAAGCAACGCAAGAGACGCAACCGGUUCCUGAUGAAUCUCGAUUACCUUCUCAUUGGCUUGCAAAUGGGGAGGGAGCUCAUGGCAGUGUUCUUAACGCACUUUGGGCUCUUAGAGACCAUAUGUUUAGGGAUGCUCUGUCCAUUCAUAGACAGUUAUGAAGGGAGAUUUUUAAUUGAGGCUUCAAGGGCGCCAGAUUUAAUUUUAUAUGCAUUAGUAUUU